GCCGAAUUCCGCAAACAGCGAAUUUGUAUUUUGUUCUAACCUCAAAUAAAGUUUAUUAUAGAAAUGUUUAAAUUGGCCAGUUUAAGUUCAAGUUUAGGGAAAUUAACCCUUAGUUCGUUAAAUAACUACAAAAAUGCCCCCCUGGUGAGGUGUUUGUCCGUUUCGGUGCCUCAAAGGGGGCUCAUGGAAUUUUUCGACGAUGAGAAGAAUUGGGGGGCCACGGAGGUCAAGAGUGGCCGCUCGUGGAAAAAAGAGGAGCUGCGUCUUAAAUCAAACACUGAUCUACACAAACUUUGGUAUGUCUUACUGAAAGAACGUAACAUGUUGUUGACUAUGGAACAGGAGGCGAACGACCAGACUCAGUUAUUUCCGAGUCCUGAGCGUUUAGAUAAAGUUGAGGAAUCGAUGGAGAAUUUGGAGGCUGUUGUGAGGGAGCGGAACGUUGCGUAUCAUCAGUUAGAGAGGGGCGAAACGGGCGAAAGGCCGGGCAGAGUGAGAACUGGCCCCUUUGGGCUCAAGUCCUACCACAAAAUGUGUCAGUAUUUGAUUCCCCAACACUUGAACAAAAAGCAUCGAGAGACACAUGAAGAAUAUCGCCCUAAUAAAGACACCGAAGAUUUCUUGCUAAAAUACAGAGAAAAACUCUAUUUAACAAAGAAGAGGAAACAGAGGCGAAACUUCAACCACGUUAUUGGUUUGUUGAACAGAUUCCCGAAUAUGGACAUGCAAGCACUUAAAGAGCAAUACCCCGACGUUGAUAUAGAAAAGGCCAAAGCUAGUAGAAGACACAGGGGCCACUUUGUCCCGAAAUAAGGUAGUUUUUUUCCUUUUAAAUAAAAACACAAUUCAGCUUAA